UGGUUUUUUUUAUUUUUCCUUACUGUUUUCCUUCAUUUUCUCUGGGUUUUCUGUCUUGUGGGUAGUUGACGAGUCCAUGUUUCAGGUGGUAGGAAGUGCAAGAAAAUUUGUUGAAUUUGGGAUGGAAUGAAUUUGGGAUGGGAAAGAUGGGACCUUCGACCUCUUUUCUGCUAUGUUCGUUUGGGCAUUUGAAUGUUUGUGUAACAAGAUUUUGUAUUUCCCAAUCUGAUGUUUUGUGCUUGGAUUCUGGUUUCUGAUCGAAUUUUUUUCUCUGGGCAUCUUUAAAUUUGAUUAAUUUAUCCUUAGUUUAGCUUGUUUAUUUCUUCAAUGGCAAAAGCUGAGGAAACUGGAAACGGAGAACCUUAUGAGAGUACCUCCAUGACCAAUUUACCUAGAGAUCUGCUACGGGGGUUCAUGUCCAGCAACCAUUUGUCUCGCAGAAACCAGCAAAAUAGUGAGGAAGAUGAUGAAGAUAUAGAGCUUAGCUUGGGGCUUUCACUGAAUGGUAGAUUUGGGGUAGACCCAAGAGCCCAGAAACUUACUAGAUCAUCUUCAAUACCAGAUUUUCUCACCAAUCCUUUGAGAAGAGAUAGUAAUGAUACUUCUUGUGGGUUUCCAAUGGCUAGUGCAUCUUUGGUGAGGGCUUCAUCCUUGCCCACAGAGACAGAGGACGAGUGGAGGAAGAGGAAGGAGUUGCAGACACUGAGGAGGAUGGAGGCAAAGAGGAAGAGAUCAGAGAAGCAGAGGAAUUUGAAAGCUGCAAGAAAUAGGGCUAGAGGUUCUGCAGAAGAGAAUUGUGAGGAUGAUAAAAGAGAAGAGGCUGUUACUGGGAAUUCUACUGAGUUCUUGCCUUUUGGGGUGCCUACUUGGGUUAAUGGUGGCAGAGGAGCUUGUGGGAUUGAAGUAAAAGGUGAAAAGGCCAUUGAUUUACAACAAGCUGUAACAGCACCACAAGGUUCAAAUGGAUCACCAGGGUGUGUUUCCAUGGGGAUUUCGGAAUUUGAGGGUCAAUCCGUUCAAGGGACAAACAAAUGUCUUGAAGCAAGAAAGCCUCCUAUUGUUCAAUCUUCAACAGAAACUGAGCAGAGAGAGAGGGUCAUUGCCGGGAGGCUCCUGACUCAAAGAUCCGAAAAUUUUGCGGGAGUUGCAAAGGACAACCAGCUUGGAAACCAAGCCAUUGCGGACAAGGGAGUUAAGGAAGCAGAGAGGAACAUUUUGGAAGACAUGCCUUGUGUGUCAACAACAGGUGAUGGUCCUGACGGGAAAAGAAUAGAAGGCUUCCUCUACAGAUAUGGAAAAGGCGAGGAAGUGAGAAUUGUCUGUGUCUGCCAUGGCAGCUUCCUCUCCCCUGCCGAGUUUGUUAAGCAUGCCGGUGGUGGUGAUGUAGAACACCCACUGAAGCAUAUAGUUGUUAACCCUUCUCCUUCCCUUUCGUAAUGCAUUGAAGGAAAGCAAAAAAACUAGAAAAGUCAAUGAAAUUUCACUUUCAUUAAUUGCAAAAGAAAUAGCCCGCUUUUUUGAUUACUGGAAUAGGCCACUUAUUUUUUUUUCUUCUUUGAGAAAGUAGACUUGAAACAAUGGAUGGAAGUUCUUGUAUUGGCCUUCUGCUUACACUGCUAAUCUGAAGAAAAUAUGAAAUGGGAACCCGAAAAUGAUCGGAGAAAACAUCAGAGGAAUCAUCUCUUUGUUCCUUCUCUAGGAAGUGAAACAUCGGAGGUAUGCCUUCUCCAGUCGUUUCUGAUUCUGCCUCUUUAGGAGCUAAAAGGGUAAUGGUAGUUGGAUAACAGUACCAUCAAAGUACAGAAAACUAGCUAAUGAUGGCAGAUUUAGAAGAUCUGUUUAGGGUGCUUGAGGUGUGCGUAGGAUUAUCUAGAAUUAGGUUUUAUGGUUGGGUAAUAAGGGUACGGUGGGGAUCAAGGCUUGAAGAAGGGUAGAAUGAUGGCUUGCAGCAGUAACAGUUCAACUCUUUCAAUCCUUCAACAGGAUACAAAUGGAAUUGACAACGUCAAAUAUAUUUAUGCUGGUGCAUCUCUGGAGGACCUCACAGUAAGGAAUAACUCUUCCUCUUCAAAUAUCUUCACACUUUUCUCUGGUUUGAACAUAAGACCUUGAACUUGAAAUAUC